AUGGCUGACGAACUCAAGCUCUGUUCAACUAUUGGUUUCUCUGGUCAAGUAGCAGGAGGCCUUAUAGCACAUCCAGACAACAAGCAUAUUAUUUAUCCACUUGGCUCAAUUCUCGUUGUUAUGGAGAAGGGAAAGGCUGCAACCCAGCGUUUCCUUACAGGACAUACAAGCGAGAUCACAGCAAUUGCUGUUUCCCGCUCAGGCCACUACAUUGCAUCUGGCCAGUAUUCAGCAAUCGAUCAGGAGUCUACACUUAUUCUUUGGGACUUCGAUAAGAUGGCUCAAGUCGCAAAAUGGACAAUGCACAAGGACUCAAUUCGUUGCUUAUCAUUCUCCAUGUCCGACAAGUACCUUGCUUCCCUUGGUGGCGAUGAUAGAAUCGUUAUUUGGGACGUUGCUCGUCGCGCUGGCCUUAAUGGCUCAACAGCCACAAUUGGCUCAACAGGUGGAUGCAACUGCGUCGGAUUUUCUAACAACGACGAUCAAUUCUUCGUUUCUGCGGGUGAUACAAACGUCCGUUUCUGGAGAAUUGAUGAAGAGCGCCGCAAUUUCACAGCAGACAACAUGAAGCUCGAUAUUACAAAGCGUAACGUUACAGCACUUUCUCUCGAUGCUAACGAUACAUACGUAUAUUGCGGAACUACAACUGGUGAUGUUCUUAAGGUCCACUGCGAGCAGAAGAAGCUCAUCACAGUCGGCCCACGCAAGCCAAUUGGCGAAGGCAUCACAGCUCUUCAAGUUACUCCAUGGGGAGAUAUCGCCGUUGGUUCUGGCUGCGGCCGUGUAGCCAUCCUUGAUGCUGGCGACCUCCAUGCCAUCACAGGAACAGAUCUCCAGGGCCGUGUUACAUCAGUUUCCGUUGUUCCAAGAACAAACUCCGAAAUUCUUUGCGGCACCUCCGAAUCCGACAUCUGCUCCAUCAACACAGAUACAUUCAAGGCCUCCAUCCUUUCUAAAGGCCACUCAUCCGCCAUCUCAGAUGUAUUCUUCCCAGAACGCUCUUCAGACAUGUUCCUUACCUGCUCAUCCGGUGGCUUCCACGUCUGGAACAGUCGUACAUACCAAGAACUCCUCCGUGUCUCUCUCGCCCGUUCCGAAUGCAACUGCAUCGCCGUCCCAGCCGAUGGCAAGAUCAUUCUUACAGGCUGGAGCGAUGGCCGUAUCAGAGGCUACGCUCCACAGUCCGGCCGCGAGCUCUGGGUCAUCAACGGUGCCCAUCUUAACGGUGUUACAGCAAUUGCAGCACGUGGUUCAUUCAUUGUCACAGGCGGCAUGACAGGCGACAUUUCUAUUUGGGAACUCGGCGCCAAGAACAUGCAUCUUGUCAAGACACUCAAGGAGCACCACCAGAUGGUCUCUCAGAUCAAGUUCUCACGCGAUGGAAACGAGUUCUGGUCAUGCUCACACGAUGGCUCCGUCAUCAUUUGGGAUGCAAACCGCGUUGUUUCUCGCCAGAGAUUCAUGCAACAGGCUUUCUUCAAUGGAGCUGAUGUCCACACAGAAACAGGCAUUCUCGUUACAGUUUCUUCUGAUAAGAGAAUCGUAUUCUGGGAUGGCUUCAACGCUUCAAUCAUCCGUGAGCUCGAAGCUUCCGUCAACGCACAGCCAAAUUCAAUCUGUUUGUCUCCAGACGAAACAAAGUUCGUAACAGGAGGUGAUGACAAACUCGUAAAGGUUUGGGGAUUCCAGACAGGCCAGCUCGAAGCUCUAGGUAAGGGCCACUGCGGCAACAUCAAGAAGGCAAUCUACUCUCCUGACCAGUCAAUCAUUGUUUCUGUUGGCGCUGAGGGUGGCAUUUACAUUUGGAAAAUGAAAUAA